CCCGGGGCACAGCCUGGUUCGGCUCCAUGGUGGGUUUCGGGACCAACCGGCGGGCAGGCCGCCUGCCCUCCUUCGUGUUGGUAGUACUGCUAGUGGUGAUAGCGGUCCUCGCCUUCAACUACUGGAGCAUCUCCUCUCGCCACGUCCUGCUCCAGGAGGAGGUGGCCGAGCUGCAGGGCCAGGUCCAGCGCACCGAGGUGGCCCGCGGCCGCCUGGAGAAGCGCAAUUCGGACCUCCUGCUGUUGGUGGACUCGCACAAGAAACAGAUCGACCAGAAGGAGGCCGACUACGGCCGCCUCAGCAGCAGACUUCAGGCCAGGGAGGGCCUGGGGAAAAGAUGCGAGGAUGACAAGGUUAAACUACAGAACAACAUAUCAUAUCAGAUGGCAGACAUACAUCAUUUAAAGGAGCAACUUGCUGAGCUUCGUCAAGAGUUUCUUCGACAAGAAGACCAGCUUCAGGACUAUAGGAAAAACAAUACUUAUCUUGUGAAGAGGUUAGAAUAUGAGAGUUUUCAGUGUGGACAACAGAUCAAGGAAUUAAGAGCACAGCAUGAAGAAAAUAUUAAAAAGUUAGCAGACCAGUUUUUGCAGGAACAAAAGCAAAAGGCUCACAAGCUUCAAUCGAAAGAUGGAAAUGAAUUGGAUAUAAACAAUCAUGCAGCACCUAAAAAUAUGCCAAAAGUAGCUAAGAAUGCUGCAGAUAAGAAUGAAGAACCCUCAAGCAAUCAUAUUCCACGUGGGAAAGAACAAAUCAAACGAGAUGGUGAUGCAGGAAUGCCUGGAAUAGAAGAAAAUGACCUUGCAAAAGUUGAAGAUCUUCCCACUGCUUUAAGGAAACCCCCUAUUUCCAUUUCUCAAUAUGAAAGUCAUCAAGCAGUCUCCCAUCUUCCAACUGGACAACCUCUCUCCCCAAAUAUGGCUCCAGAUUCUCAUGUCAACCACAAUGGAAACCCUGAAACUUCAAAACAGAACCCUUCCAAUCCUCUUCAGCGAUUCAUUCCAGGCCCAAACUCGGAGAAUGAACCCCGAAUUCAAGCAGAUAUACUAAAGCAGGCUGCCAAGGAUAGAGUCAGUGAUUUCCAUAAGUUGAAGCAAAGCCGAUUCUUUGAUGAGAAUGAAUCCCCUGUUGAUCCACAGCAUGGCUCUAAACUGGCGGAUUAUAAUGGGGAUGAUGGUAACGUAGGUGAGUAUGAGGCAGACAAGCAGGCUGAGCUGGCUUACAAUGAGGAAGAAGAUGGUGAUGGUGGAGAGGAAGACGUCCAAGAUGAUGAAGAACGAGAACUUCAAAUGGAUCCUGCAGACUAUGGAAAGCAACGUUUCAAUGAUGUCCUUUAAGUCCUAAAGGAAAACUUCAGAAAACCUAAAGUGCUGUAUAAUGGAAUCAUUUCUACUUUGUCGUUUUUGACUUUUGUUGUAAAGAUCAGUUGUAUUAGUUGUAAAGAUACAUUGAGAUAGAUUUAAGGAAAAAUUUUAAUGAAAGAAUGUACCCAUGUACAUAUGUGAACUUUUUCAUAUUGUAUUAUCAAAGCAGAGACUUUUUUGGUUAUGAUACAGUUGAGCCAAAAACAAAAUAAGCAAAACUUUAAUCUUUGCAUUUAAAGCAAACUAAUGUAUAUUUUACAUUUUAUUGAGCCUAAUUCUUUCCACAAACGGACAAACAGGAAAAAGUUGUACAAUUUGUAUGUUGCACAUAGCAUAACCACAGUGAGAACAGUUAUUCAAUGGAAAAACUUUUUAUAUACUAAUAUAUUCUUCUUAGCCCAACAGGUUUUCUGUUCUAUCUACCCCUCAUCUUGUGCUCUUCAAGGAGUUAUACCUAGAAUAGUUAUAUAAAAGAGGAGAACCUGGAAGCCAAACACUGGGCAGCAUGUGUGCAAAAUCACCUCUCUACUCCUUUUAUUUUACAUGAGUGCUGAUGU